UCUGUUUUGUAGCACCACGAGCAACCACCUGAUAAACAGCUGUGACUUAUCAGCUGUGACUUAUCAGCUGUGGCAACCCAAUCUAAUAGUGUCAGUUGCAAGAAAUCAAGCAAAUCCCUUGUAAUUGCUGUAAGCAAUAUUUAUUUAAUUUUAAAAUAUAAAUCUAAAAUUUAUUUUGAUCGCUGAGAUAAAUCUGCUUGGAAAAUGGAAGAAGUAAGCACCUCAUACAAAUUAGAUUAUGUUAAAUCAAAGAUUGGAGAACAUGCGGACUUUCCCAAAAAAGGAGUGAUUUUUUAUGAUAUAUUUGGCGCUCUUACGGAUGGCAAGGCUUGUGCUUAUCUGCGGGAUUUGCUGUUGCGGUACAUACGUGAGAAGCAUCCGGAUGUGGAGCUUAUAGUGGGUCUGGAUUCGCGUGGGUUUCUCUUCAAUCUGCUUCUGGCCACCGAACUGGGCGUGGGCUGUGCUCCCAUUCGCAAGAAGGGGAAACUGGCGGGCGAGGUGAUCUCCGUGGAGUACCAAUUGGAGUAUGGCUCUGACAUAUUCGAGAUGCAGCGCGCAGCCAUUAAGCCUGGUCAAAAGGUGCUCAUUGUGGAUGAUCUACUAGCCACAGGUGGAUCAUUGUGUGCUGCCAGUGCUCUAGUUCGCAAAGUGGGAGGCGUUGUACUGGAAAGCUUGGUUGUCAUCGAGCUCCUUGAGCUGGAGGGCCGCAAGAAGCUGGAGGGCAACGUGCAUUCCUUGAUACAAUACUGAAAAUUACAAAAAAUUAGAUAACAUCUUGCAUUUGCAUUCACAUUUAGCAAUCACACUUUUACCUCAAUCUUACACAAUAUCUACAAAUGCAUUUUUUUUUAUGUUUAAUGCGAAUUCUUAUGAGCAUAUUUUUUUGAAGGUUGUUCGAACCAAAUAUUAGUGCAAAUAUAAGAUAAUUUAUUUUUAUAUAAAACAAA